AUGGCAUGGGUGCUUCGUUCUGCGGUGCUCUUUCUGGCCUGCUUCGGAGUGACUGCCUCCGGCAGUGGAGCGGACACGCACAACACCGAUGAUUCAGCUCAUGCAAACGGGGUGGGCUUUGCCGUUGCAGCAGAGUCGAAGCAGACACUGACAGGCAAAGCCUUGAGGGGUCCUGCCACGAGAGAGCGAGAGCCGGACCCCAACCAGGAUCCCAUCCCGAUGCCAAGCAUACAUUUCAUCGCUGAGUACAUUGACAUGGCAUCCAAGCAAAUUGCUACGGAGCUCGCAUACAUCCCAGCCCGGCCGUAUCUGAACAUCAUCACGAACUCUUCGCCGAUGCAGCUCGUGAUGGGUGGUGUAGCUUCUUGGGCAUAUGACAUCGAAUAUUUCAAAGGAGCGUACCCCGAAGGGUGGGCCGGCGGAUGGAAGGUCGUGGCUGAGUACGUCAACACCACACAGUCCCUCAUGGUUGAUGGUCACGACGUGGUCGUUCUGAUGGCCAAGGGAAGCGUCUGUGCUGUGACCUUCUCAGGGACACACGGACUGGCAGAUUGGUCCACAAACUUCAAUCUGCGAUUUUCGAGUCUGCCACAGUGUGGAAUCUAUGGAGUGCAUGAGGGAUUCUUCGAGAAUUUCUUGCAGUUCAUGCUCAACGACGCGUGGAGUGAGAAAUUCGAACCGUACCUGGCAGAAAACUGCACGGAAGUUCAUGCCACAGGCCAUUCCCAAGGCGCAGCUGUGGCAGCGGUGUUCGCUGCUUGCAUGAACGCAGCGGGCAACAACCUCACUCUGCCGGAUCUCUGGCGCUGGGGAAAGCUGGUCCAUAAAGGACGCACGGUUUCGACUCGCGUCAACGUGACGGAUCUGCACGGCUACGGUGGUCCUGGAGUCUCGCAAACACAAUUCUGGAAUUAUCUAGCUCCAGAUGGAGUGUUUCCUGGGUACCGUUUCUACAAUCAGGACUACAUGUCUUUUGACCCUGUGCCGUGGCUCACUUAUGCAUUCAGAUUAGCUCACACAAAAGAAGCGGUGGUGAAGAUGUCAGACAGGCCACAGAGGUGGGCUGCAGGAACAUCAGAGUCCAUGUUCGAGCCCACCACGGUGUCUUUCGUCCCUGACAUCAUGAUUCACCUUCCGGCAGAGUACAUCCGCCGCAUCCUCGUGGCUACUCGUUUCGUGAAUGUGAAGGUGGCCUAUGCGCAGGGCCUUCCCGAACGUUCUGCACGGCCUUUGCUGGCAGGGAAGCCCAGUUGCUAUGCCACUGUCGAGGCCGUGAACCGGAAGUGGGCUGUGACUCCUCGCACCUCUACGAAGAAGAACACGGCAUCACCGACUUGGGGUGAAAGUAUGCUGCUGGAGGAGUACGAGCCUGGAGACGAGCUUGAGGUGAAGCUCUGGGAUGCAGUCUGGCCCUGGGGAGCUGACAAAGCUCUCGGGCGUUUAAACUUGCAGAGCCAAGCUUUUGACCCCCAUGGCUUUGAGGGAUGGGUUCCCAUGGACUCUGGAAUUCGUCUGAAGGUCAGCGUUGUCAUCUCAUAUCGCGACCUGGACAGCGUGUGA